AUUUCGUGUGUGAUAGCCUUAAAGUAUAUAUGACUGAUGGGAGGUUAUGCUCUGUGCAAAUUUUUAAAUUGUGCCGGAGGCAUAUUCCCUUUUUAUGGGGAAUGAAUUAUUGUAGAUCUGUACAGACCUAAGAUGUAACGAAAUUUAAGGGUUCUUUUUAUCAAGUUUGUGAACAAUUACAUAGUCUCAAACGAUAAUAACAGAAAAUGAAGCUAGUCAAACCGAAUUGGGUUACUCAUGAUGGAUAUCCGAUAUUUUCCAUUGAUAUACAUCCCGAUGGGAGAAGAUUUGCGACCGGUGGUCAAGGUGGUGAUUCUGGAAGAGUUGUCAUAUGGAACAUGGAACCAGUAGUUGAUGAGACUGCUGAAAUGGAUCCUAAUGUUCCAAAAAUGCUUUGCCAAUUAGAUAAUCAUCUAGCCUGUGUAAAUUGUGUGAGAUGGAGCAACAGUGGAUUAUUGGCAUCAGGUGGUGUGGAUAAACUUAUUAUGAUUUGGAGAUUAUCAGGAUCAGGUGGAAGUUCUAUUUUUGGUGGAAAGGCCAGUGUGGAAGCUUGGAGAUGUAUUGCAACUUUACGUUCACACGAAGCUGAUGUGCUAGAUCUUGCAUGGGCACCACACAGUCCAUGGCUGGCUUCAGCUUCAGUAGAUAACAGUGUGAUAGUGUGGGAUGCUUCAAAAUUUCCUGCAGUUGUUGCUGUGUUAAAAGGACACACAGGUUUUGUAAAAGGUAUUACUUGGGAUCCUGUGGGAAAAUACUUAGCAUCUCAAUCUGAUGACAAAACAUUGAGAGUGUGGCGUACAACGGAUUGGACGGAAGCAGCAUUGAUAUCUGAACCUUUUGAUGAAUGUGGUGGAACAACUCAUGUCCUGAGGCUUUCUUGGAGUCCGGAUGGUCAGUAUUUAGUGUCUGCCCAUGCAAUGAAUGGGGGAGGACCUACAGCACAAAUAAUAGAAAGAGAUGGUUGGACACAAGAUAAAGAUUUUGUUGGACAUAGGAAAGCAGUAACUUGUGUUAGAUUUAAUGGUAAUAUUCUACAGAAGAAGCAGCCAGGUUCCUCUAAACCACAACAGUAUUGCUGUGUUGCAAUAGGAUCACGAGAUCGUUCUUUAUCUGUGUGGUUAACAUCAUUAAAAAGACCUCUCGUUGUAAUACAUGAAUUGUUUACACAUUCUGUAUUAGAUGCUAGUUGGUCACCAUGUGGUCUUCGCCUUACUGCAUGUUCUUGGGAUGGUACUGCUGUGUUUAUUGAAUUCACUCAACAGGAAUUAGGACAACCUCUCGAUCCUGCUGAACAAAGCAGCCUUCAUGAGCGAUUGUAUGGCAAACCAUUAGUUCAAGGAAGUUGUAUGGUGAUGGAAGCUCCGGAACUUCUCAAUUUAAAACCACCCGUGUCAAAUCAAUCUCUUCAAAUGUCAUCUGCUCCAAGCAUUCCACCGACCACUAAUAGUUCGGCUACUUUGGUUAAAGGACCUAUUAAUAAACAAAUUGAAACAAGGACUUCGGAUGGUAAAAGAAGAAUUACACCUAUGUUUAUUCCACCGCCAGCAGAUACAACGGAUACAAAUAUCAGCAAUAGUUUAGGCACACCGACAUUUACAAGUAAAGUACAAACAAAAAGUUUAAUUGUGAUAGAGAAACGCAACGAUGUUGUCGCGCCUAAUGUUACUUCAUCGUCCGUAAAAUCACCUGCUAUCGAUAUUCCGGCAGUCUCUCUUACAUUGAAACGCAAGGAACAAACAACGCCGAAAAUACAUCAUUCCUCACCGAAUAAAAAACCUAAAUUUGUAUCUGACAAGGCUGGAGGUCAGAUGCUACUGCCUCCGCUGAAGCCAUCCAGCUCAUUGUCUCAGCAGGCAGGUCAUUAUGCUGUGACAGUCACUAAUAGUCAGGGCUUAGCUCAUUUGCAAGUAUUCAGAGGCACAGAUUCCGAAUCGACAUGGGACCUUUACUUAGGAUAUAGCGCUGUAGCGUUAGCGGCAUCACCAGCUGUGAUAGCUUUGGGUUUGGAAGACGGAAGUCUUCACACAUUUCAUCCCGUAAAAGGAUCCCGACCAGCACCGCCAUUAGCACCACCAGCACCGUUGGCAAAAGUUCAUGCUGUUGGAAAUACGGUGAUGGUAAUAUCAAGCUGUGGUGCAAUUCGUGUGUGGGAAAUAGGGAAUACGUGUAGAAUGAUUGUUUCAACCUCAGCUGCUCAUUUGGCUCCGCCUGGAACAUCUUUACUGACGUGCACUCUGUACAACGGAAUGCCUCAUAUAGCGUUUACUAAUGCACGAGCAUAUAUAUACCAUAAAGACAUGGGAACAUGGUUGUUAAUUGGAGAUAGCCAAGAUCCUAUAUGGCGAUGGUCGUCAUUCAAUGUACUGAGCACUUCUGGAAAUAGAGCUCCUAGAGGACCUUUAUCGUCAUUGCAAGAAGGAUUACUCAGAACUGCAGGGAAUACUUUGCCAAAUCCGCGGUUACCGCAUAGCGCACCAAGCGUGGUUUCUUAUUUAGAACAACAGUUACUCGCAUCUAAAGCUCUUGGAAGCGCUCAAGAAUAUAUUUAUUGGCUCAUGGCUUUAGUGUCAUUUUUAUUAACGCAAGAUGGUUUGGAGAAACGUCUAAGAUUAAUUUUGGAUGAUCUUUUGGGCCCAAGUCACACAUCAGCUUCUAAGAGCAUAUGGGAGCCUGCAAUUUUGGGAGUAAAGAAGCAUAAACUUUUGGGUGAUGUAUUAACUGUAAUUGGUAGUCAUCUUCGUUGGCAAAGGUUAUACCUCGAGUAUUCGGAGCAAUUAACGACACUGAAAAAUCAAGUUAAUUAAUUCAUUCAUUACAAUGCAAAUUCAUUGUUUCAAAACAAUUCAUGUUUUCUUUUAGAUAUCACAUAUUGUAUAAUGUUAAAGAUAUUAUGGAUGUGUAAGA